AUGAGCAUGCCGCGAUCCGUUUCUGAGCUGCGCCGCGGCGCGCUGUCGUCCCGCAAGCUCACGCACAUCCUCACACCGCCGACGCUCCCCGCAACGACGCGAAUCGUCCUCUCGCUCAUCUCGAUCUGCGGCGUCACCAUCCUCACCAGUUUCCUCGGCGGUGGACUCACCAUUGCACUGCCUUCGAUGGCCAAGAGCGUCAACCUUUCGCAGGAGCUGCUGUCGUGGCCGCUAUCAAUGUUCUCCCUUGUCAGCGGUGCAUUGCUGCUGGUGAUGGGUUCGAUGGCGGAUGCCUUCGGGAGAAGGCCGGUCUUUUUGGUCGGCAUCUUGGUUUUCGCCGGCAUGUCGAUCGCCACUUCGGCGAUGCAAACGGGCGAAGGGCUGAUUGGGUGCUGUGCGGGACUGGGCUUGGCCGCUGCGAUGCUGAUCCCGUCCGGGGUGGGUAUACUGGGCAGCUCAAUCCCCGAAGGACCGAUCAAAAAUCGAAGCUUUGCGGCUAUCGGUGCUGCUCAACCGAUCGGUUUCAUUCUCGGUCUGAUCCUGGGUGGACUGUUGGCAGAGAGAUGGAGGGUCAUCUUUUGGGUUCUGGCCGCUUGCGCUGCCGCUUUCGGCAUUUGCGCCUUCCUAUCCCUACCGAACGAGGGGGAGGAGCUCAUCCGAUCGUCCAACCAGUCAAGCGAUAACUUGACGGCAAAUGCAGCUCCGCUAGCAAUGGAGGGGCGUCCAUCAACAACGUCGUCUCCUCAAGAUGCGAAACGGACCGCCUCGUCGAGCCGCACGGAUCUGGGAGCGUCGACACCCUCCUCGACCACCCGGGGGGCACCCCUCGCCACCGAGACUCACGCCGACAUGAGCCGCUCACUGCGUCUCAAGACAUUCGAUUGGGUCGGCGCGUUCCUCUCCACCGGUGGUCUCGUGAUGCUCACCUUUGCACUUGCCGACGCGGAGACUGCACCGCACGGCUGGAAGACUUCCUACGUCUUGGCCCUCCUCCCCACAUCCAUUGCACUCCUCGUGGCGUUCUCAUUCUGGGAGCGUUUCCUCGAGCGAAAGCAGCGCACGUACGAGCUGGGCUCCUCGAGCGCAGCUACCCUUCAUCCCACCCGCAAUGCUACGUUCUUCAAGGCUCCACCGACAACGCCUUUGUUGCCACCAUCGAUCUGGGGCGCGCCACGUUUCGCUGCUACGCUAUUGGUCAUCUUCCUCGCGUGGCUCAGCUUCAACGUCAUGUCGUACCUCUCGACGCUCGUUCUCCAAGAGGUGCAGCGGGUUUCGCCUACCAGAACCUCCCUCUACUUCCUGCCCAUGGUGGCGAUGGGGCUGGCGCUCAACAUCUUUGCCGGGUAUGUGGUUGGGCGAAUCAAGGCGCAUUACCUCAUCAUCGGUGGCGCAACGGCAGGUGCCGUCGCGUGCGUCAUCAUGAGUGUCGCCGUACAACCUACCACCGCUUACUACAAGGCUAUGCUGUGGGUACUCAUCCUUCAGGUUGGCCCAGACGUGUUCUUCCCUUGUGGCAGUUUGUAUGCUUCCAAGAGCGUCGGGAGGCAGCAUCAAGCGUUGGCAGGGUCGCUGUUCAACACGACGAUUCGGUUGGCGACUUCGUUGGGGUUGGCGAUCAGUUCGUCGAUUUCCACAUCCGUCACCAAGGCUGCGGUGGCCAAAAGUGGUGCGCGCCUCGUCACGCGAGGUCUCAUGAUGCACCCGUCGAUACUCCUCGCCCAACCAUUCGUUCAACGAGCCGCAGCGGGAGCAGCUAGCGGAAGCGAGGCAAAACCGGUCGAAGCACUGCUGAAGGGCUACCAAGCCGCCUCGUGGUUCUGCUUUGCUGCUUCAGUUAUGUCCAUUGUCGUCGCUCUGGCGAGACUCCGGUCGAUUGGAAUCGUCGGCGGCAUGGAGGGCAAGGUCGAGGACAGCACUCGACCCAACUCGCCAGCGAGGGAUCAGCAGGCGUACGAGCUCGAAACCAUCGUUGCGGCGGGCGACCGCAAGACGGUCACCCCGCUUGGUAGACGCUAA